CAGGUUAUUACGCAGCUUCAUUCCUUAGAAGAUGUGAUGAAGGUGUUGAGAGAGAGAAAGAAGAGAAACGCAAGAGCUGAGAAACAUAUUUCUGAAAAUUGGAGUAUUGUCUAAGAAAAAAGAGUUAUCAGAAAAAGAAGAAUUAAUAUUCCAGGAUGAAAUGAGAAUGAAUGUGAGUCUGCAGGAGGGACCCUAACAGGUGCUGAGCAUAUUAAAAAUAGUUGUCACUACCGAAUUGUUGGAAUGGAGUCCGAAGUGGGCGACCCGCCAGCAUAUUGUGAACACGUUGACAUUCAUCAUGACGUCCAUCAUCAUCAUCAUCAUGAUACUCCCCACUACCAUGAAUCCGCAACGCAGUGCGACCCUCCUCCAUAUAGUGAACAUGCCAACACCCACCAUCAGAACAUUCCCCACUACCCCACGCCCAUACCAAGCAAUGUUUAUGAAUCCCUUCCAAACCCAAAUGCCAAUCUCUCCCCUCUGUAUGUCCCUGAAGAACCUACACAAUCAGUAAAUGUGGCUGGUCAGAAGAAUGAAGGUGCAUUGUGGAAUGCGAGGAAUAGAAGCAUUGCACGUACCAACUCAAUCAUCUUUGUCUUUAUUGCUAUAAUAAUCAUUAUUGCUGUACUUUGCUGGCGUUUUGGAACGGCAACAAGUUGUCAGGUGAGUUGCGGCACAUCUUCAAACUGUGUACUUGUAUCCCAGUGGUGUGAUGGAGUAAACCAGUGUCCUAAUGGAGCAGAUGAAAGUAACUGCAUGCGGAUGUAUGGACCAAACUUCCAGUUGCAGGCCUACUCACCAAAUAAAGCAACAUGGCUGCCGGUGUGCGCGGAUUUCUGGACUGAAAACACUGGACAAACAGCUUGCCAGGACAUUGGAUACAGCUUGAGCAGCUAUAGCACAAGUGACAAAAUGGCGGCCAGUUCGAGUGAUGGAUUUGUCAGGCUCAGUAACUAUGCUGUGUCAGGAAAGAUAUUUGCAAACUUUAAUUACAGUUCUACCUGUUCCUCGGGUCAUGUGGUCUCAUUGCGCUGUAUAGACUGUGGUUUGACCACAAAUGGAGACAGCCGGAUAGUAGGCGGAAACAGCGCUUCUAUAGGAGAGUGGCCUUGGCAAGUAAAUCUUCAGUACGAUGCCAGUUCUCUCUGUGGUGGGUCAAUCAUCGCUGCCAAUUGGAUUGUAACUGCUGCUCACUGUGUAGACGGGGAUGCCUCUUCUCCUUCUCUAUGGAAGGCUUUUGUUGGGAAAUUAGUAAUGCCAAGUAAUUAUGACAGCAGCGCCUAUUAUGUGGAUAAAAUCAUAGUGCAUCCCAAUUAUUCCUCUCAAACAAAGCACAACGACAUUGCACUGAUGAAGCUUAAGAAAUCGAUUGUAUUCAACAGCGUCAGCAGACCUGUAUGCUUACCUAACUACGGGAUGCAGUGGGAGGAAGGGCAGGAAUGUUGGAUAUCUGGAUGGGGAACUACAUCCCAAGGAGGGUCUAUUUCUACUGUUUUGAAAAAAGCUAUGGUGCCUCUUAUUUCACCCACUACAUGCAAUAAAACUUAUAUGUAUAAUGGAGCCAUCACUUCUUCUAUGAUAUGUGCAGGUUAUGCCAAAGGAGGAGUAGACUCUUGCCAGGGUGAUAGUGGAGGCCCACUGGUUACCAAAACCAACUCUUUGUGGUGGCUUAUUGGGGACACAAGCUGGGGAGAUGGUUGUGCCAAAGCCAAUAAACCUGGCGUGUAUGGAAACAUGACUGUGUUUUUGCAAUGGAUAUAUUUGCAGAUGCAGACCUACAGCUGAGCAAGACAUCCAUAUAGACGGAGCUAGAAAAACACAACUGACAGUCUACCGGUCAAAAUAAAUAUUGAUAGAAGAAUAAAGAUGAGCAUGUUGAAUAAAAUACACAUAACAAAUUGGUUCUCAAAGCAAAAACAUGUCCAGAGUGAUAUGUUUUCCCAAAUUGAUAAGAAAAAAGUUUAGUUGGAGGAAGUUCAAAGAAGACAAUUGACUGGUUGACUCAUGAGGAAGUUCAAAAGAGAAAAGACUAUUUGAAGAUAAAGAGAGUCCUGCACCUUCAUGCUAUUCAUCCCAAGGGUACUAAAAAAAACACAUUCUGAGUUUGCCAGACCAUACUCGUUUAUGACUUGGUUUGUUCCAAGAGAUCGAUGACUUACUAAUGUGGUUCUGUUGAAAAAUUAUCCCAUUCUUAUACAGCUGUAGGCCUUUUAGUUAGAAAUUUGUGACAGGUAAGGUUUUGGAGGGGUUAUUACUUAAAUAUAAAUUAAUCAACUCCCAUCCACAAUUCUAGCUCAUUUAGCAGUAAAUUUUUAUGAAAAAGUCGGAGCAGAAAAAUGUAUCAUAUCGUGUGACUGACGCUCUGAAAACUCAACGUAAGCUGGCCAUAGAUGCAAAGAUCCGAUAGUACGAAUCAACAUACGAUCGGACUUU